AUGGACCUAGACUUUAUUUUUUUCCCUGCUCCUAAAGAAAUAUCUAAUGAUCAUGAAUAAGGAUAAAUAUUAUGGAUUCCUAAGUACAAAAAAUUAUAUCCAAAUUUUUUAAAUUAUGUCCCCAGAACAACCAAAAAGAGAGGUAUGUACUUCAAGCAGAAUGAGUUAGAAUCUGAAGAUGAUGAAAAUAACUUCAUUGAAGAACCCAAGUAACUCUUUUUUAAUUAUAGUAGUGAAUCUCAAUUAUAACCAAUUCCUAAUUUUCCAUGCAAACCUGUCACUUAAAGAUAGCAAAGAAGAUAAACUAGUGAAAUUAAUUCACCAUCAUUUGACUCUAAUGAGGGAAGUCCUGAUGUUUCAUCUAAACUACAAUAAUUAAACAUGCAAUCCAUUUAAAUUACUACUAAAAAGUCUUAAUUAUAUAGGAUGUUGAGUAAUUUUUAUCCAAAAACUAAAAUCAAAAAAAGUAUCUGUUUUAGUCAGCCUAUCAUUGCAUUACCUAAAGAAUUAAUUGAGAAAAAGAAAGCAAAUUUUGUCCUAGAUGAACCAACUAUUCAUAGAUCAAAUUCUAGAGAAUCAAAUCAUAUAUUUGGAUAUAUUCCAUGUAUGUAUGUAGAUUCUAAAAUUCAUUCUCCAAAUAUUGUAUUAUAUUUCCAUGCUAAUUGCGAAGACAUAACAUAAUCUUAUAAGUUUCUUAUUCAUUUAAGAGAUAACUUACAUGUAUUUUUAUAUUUCAAUUUAGGUAUCAGCCAUAGCAAUGGAAUAUCCAGGUUAUGGUAAAUAUAAAAAUGAAUAACCAAAUGCAGAAUUCAUUUUGUAAGAUGCUGAAUAUGUUUAUAAUUAUCUUACUAAAAGAUUGGGUUAUAAAGAAAAUCAAAUUAUUAUAUUUGGAAGGAGUAUAGGCAGUGGACCUGCUACCUAUAUUGCUGGUAAAUAUAAACCAGCAUGUCUUGCAUUAAUGUCUCCAUUUACUUCUUUAAAAGCUGCUGUAAGAGAUUAUGUUGGGUCAUGGGCUUAAUAUCUUAUCAGAUAGCGUUUCGAUAAUUUAGAUUAAAUUAAGAAAGUUAGGAUUCCUACUUUUAUUUUACAUGGUAAAGCUGAUAACAUUAUACCAUAUACUUAAGCACAAGAAUUAUAUAGUAUAAUUUAAUAAUAUAUUAGAAAAUUGUAAGUCUAGUUAAUGUGUAAUGCAUUUAGCUGAAGACAUGGACCAUAUUAGUUAUAAAUUAUAUAAAGAUCUAAUAAAUCCAUUUACUGAAUUCUUAUUAUAAAUCAAAUAUUACAAGAGCUGUUCCCAGGCACCUAAAUUACCGACAGUUCUGUUUUAUGAUCCUACCAUUGAAUGA